ACAAGUGGGACAGUUAUGGUGCAUGAGAAAAAUGAGAGCUUUUUCAGUGUUCAUAUUUUGCUAAAGGUGGAAGAACUUUUUUCUUUCUUUCUUUCUUUCUUUUUAAUUUAAUUUUAUUCCUUUCUUUUCUUUAUAUUUUAGAAAAACUAACCCCUUACACUCACUUGUACACACCCCCAUACCAAUCCUUUAAAUAAUACAGUUAAAAAACAAAAAUGGAUAAACAACUUCAAUGGUCUUCUGAAUAUCUUCAUGAUCAACAUUACAUGUCAAAAGAACUUGAACAACAAGCAGGAUUAAUUUAUCCUGUCUCACCUUUCUAUGCUACUACUUCACCCUCUGCCUCACCUACCAUGAUCUAUGGUAACGAACCUUUCAUGUCGAGUCCUUCUUCAUUUAAUAUGAGCCAGCAUGGUCCUGGAAGUCCUGAUUCAAUGCUAUCUAGCUACCCACCUCAGCUUGUAAAAUCUUGUUCUAAUUCUACAAGCAGUAGUUAUUUAUCUGAAACAAUCGCAAAGGCUUCAGCGUUACCAGAAUCCUUUUAUCCUGAAUUUCUUCAAUAUUCAAAGGAAUCAUUUGAACAACGUAAUCAUAACAAUAAAAAACGCACUCGAUCAGAACAAGCAGAGCAGAAAAAGAUAAAAGAUCAGGAACGCCCUACACGUAAACAAAAAGUAGAACAAGUAGUAGUAGUAGAUGAAAAUGCUUCUGUAACCGAGUUACGACGCCAAAUUCAUAUCCAGUCGGAACAAAAGCGCCGUGCUCAAAUUAAAGAUGGCUUUGAAGAUUUACGUGCAGAAUUACCUGCUUGUCUCAACAAGAAAAUGAGUAAAGUGACAUUGUUACAUAGAACUGUUCAACAUAUUCAACAUCUAAAAUCGACUCAAAUGACAAUUUUAGCUGAACUUGAACGCCUUGUACAAGAAAAUGAGCAGCUCCGAAGCUUUCAACAAAGUGUAUUACAAAAACAAGCACUUGAAAACAUGUAUUCUAUUGGGAAUAUGUAGUUAAAUUCUUAAAGACCUUUCUAUAUAACAAUACAAAUACCCAUACACAUUAGAAGUUUUUUUUUUGGCAUCUCGGGUUAUAUAUUCUUAAAACUGAAUUUAUACCCACACACACACACACAUACACAUAAAUAUAUUUGUAUAUUCAUUUAUAUUUUUAUAUUUAUACACACGUACACACAAAUCUAUACUACACAAUAUAAUCACAAAAAAAAAAAAAAAAAAAAUCGAAUUUCUUUUUUAGAUUAUUAUGUAAUACUCUUUUUUUUUUUUCAUCAAGAAAAUAAUUAUAUAUAUGAUGCUUUACCACCCCCCUCCCUCCCCCAUUUAUGACGUUAAUUUUAUGCUUAAUAAAAAUCAAAGUUUUAUAUAU